AUGCACUGCUUGAGAGGACCAAUGAAGAUUUAUCUCAAUCCACAUUUCAAGGCCGAAAAAUGGCGGGAAAUCUUGAGCCCCGGAACGGAACGGCGUCCUGACUUGCAGCUGACGUAUGAGCGUUUUAUGGAGCAGUCGAUGUCCCAACCGUUGUGUCGCGCGAUAAGUCAGCCAAUUUGCAUUCCAAUUCAACGUUAUAGGUUGGUUGUUGUCCACAAGAUGGUCUAUGCCCUGCCCAACAGAAGCACACAAGAAAGCACACUCGGCGAGAAGGGAGGAGAGCAGAUGUUCUCAAGGAAGUGGAUGGCAGACCAACAACAAGCACCAGCACGAAGUCACGGGCUGGCUGCUUUAUAA